CGAGAAAAGGUCGCCCAUUCGCCUCGCCUCGCCCUGUCCCAAACCCACUGCUAGCCGUUCCCGCCCUCUCUCGAGCUUGGUGGUGGCGGGUGAGGCUUGGGCGUCUGAGCAGCAAGGUAAGGCACCAUUCCUCUUUCUUUCAUGUUUAUGCCCAUGCGCCGUUGUGACAGGGCUCCCCGCGAACUCGGUGACGAAGAAUAAUCCAGAAGGUUCUCUUGCAAGUUUUUCCACGGGUAUGCGCAGCCUUUCAGAAGCGGAAGAUGGAUGAUGAUUCGGCUAUGAAUGUCAGUGCAACGAAGCACAGCUUCUUACCGUGGAUUUUGGAGUGGCAUGGAGGAUACAUUGUAGGAGAUAUUGAUGCGUCACCUGGAGACAUAGUGAUCGAAACCAUUAUUGGCGAUCGGCACAAUCACGACAUCUCGACACGCCUAAAUUUCAAGACUACCACUACCGUGAGGGCCCCGUACCACCCACAAGUACUCCUGAAGGCGCCAAAUUCGACUGACCUGGUGGACCCGGCUCCCGCUGCCACAUCAAGAUCAUCCCAUGGAAUGUUGGACGAGAAAGGGUCAUCCAUUCGGGUCCCGAGCCCCUCCACUCCCCUCCCCCUCGGUAUGCGCAGCCUUUCCGGCAUCCGUGGCACCCGUCAGAGCUGUUACUCAGCGUCGCGCCCGAGUGGGCAUGACACCCUCGAUUGGCUGUUCGAGUCGGGUGUCCCGGUUGAUUUGCAUCUCGAAACGGCGGCGAGGUUCACGGGCAUUCUGUAGGAUGACAUUAGGCCCAUCACAUCGAUUUUAUCCCCAGUCGCAUCUCAAGGAACAUGAUCGCACACUCAAGCACAGUGGACACAACCACAGCACAUCACCUUUCUUUGA